AUGAACGACUCGGCGCUGCAUGCCCUCUCGUCGGUCGCGGUCGGUCACGGCGGUCAUCACAGCCACCAGCCGUCGCCGCACCAACAGAUGCAACACCCACAACAUCACUCACCUCAACUCCAGCACUCGCAUCAACAGUCGCACCAUGUACCCCACCACCAUAUGCACUCCGGGAACGCAUACUCGAAUAGUCUUACAGGGAUGAACAGAUCGAGGCCACCAUCGCAAAACGGGUUCGAUCACAACUAUCCGAACGAUGCCGCUAGCUCAACGAGUUCAUCAACAACGCACGAUUUUUUCCAAACCGCAAUACGGGCCCCGGAGCCAGCCCCGACGCCGAAUCAUGAGGACCCCAACGAUGGCGCCGGCACCUCUAUCGCCGCGGACGACAACGGGAGCGAGGCACCGCUCGAAAGUCGGGACGGAGAAGAGGAGGAACAGGCCGACGAGCCAUUGUAUGUGAACGCCAAGCAAUACCAUCGGAUCAUCAAGCGGAGGGCAGCAAGGGCCAGGCUGGAAGAGAUGGGUCGAUUGUCGAGGCAGCGUAAAGUUAGUUCCUCUCCUCCCUUUCCCUCCCGUCUUCUGAGAACCCGCGGCUUAUGGUAUUUGGCGUAUUUGCUACCUUCCUUCCUUCCAGCCCUACAUCCACGAAUCACGUCACGCCCAUGCGAUGCGAAGACCACGAGGACCAGGCGGUCGGUUCCUGACAUUGGACGAGCGGAAACUGCUCGAGGCGGGGGGCAGCGUCCCAGGCGUGGACAACUAUGUCAAUACUCAGGGCGAAACAACGCAGAUGAUUCGAGCGAGGUUGGGGCUCGCUGACCCGCUAUGA